UGUCUUGUUUUACUCUCAGAAUCUCAUAGUCUUACUUCCACGCAUCUCUUGUUCUCUCUCUUUCUACAUUUCCGUUUCAAUUCCCUUAUUUCUUCUCUUUUCUCUGCACUGACCCAACAAACUCUUAAGUGAAACACAAAACGAAGACAAUCCCAACUGGGUAUUUUCUCUUUUCUAUUCCAUCUUUGAAAAUUUAAAAUUCAUGAAAAUGUCAAGAAACUGGAAUUUUCUUUCUUCCCAUAAUCGCUUCCUUUUUAUUACAUAAGCAAACAAAAAGUACUCAUUUUUGUGCUCUCAUUAUCUCUUGUGAAAUUCAUGAGAGCUUAGAACUGGUGUUGCUUCUGUUCCUUGGCUUUUUAUAGAGAAAAAAAGAAAAGAAACCCAGAAGUUGGAGCUCAAAAAUCUUUUGAAAAUAAAAACUUCCAAGUUGUUUUUGAUAAUUGUGUUUGAUUUGUAUUUUAUUUCAGUUCUCUUCAUUGGUUUUUCCGAAAAACCAACCAACCAGACUUAGUUGAAGAAAUUAAGACUAGGAUUAUUAUUUUAUAUUUCUCUAAAUCAGGAUAACUAUAUGAAUUUGUGAAACAAUGAGAGAUGGAAGCUCCAAGAAAAGCAAGCUUUCAUGGCCCAAAACACUGGUCAAGAAGUGGUUUAAUAUCAAGAGCAAAGCUGAGGACUUUCAAGCAGAUGAUGUUGACUAUGAGGGUGGUGAUGAAGAUUGGAGGCACAACUUCCCUGAGAGAGAAGCAUGCACUAUUAAGAAAAGCAGAACAGAGAGAUCCAGCCGGAGGAACUCUGAUCGAGUACGGCGAGGAAAGAUUGACAUUGAUGCCUCACAGCUGACAGAUGUGCAUAACUAUAGGAUCUUUGUAGCUACGUGGAAUGUAGCUGGAAAAUCCCCUCCAAGCUAUUUGAGUCUUGAAGAUUGGCUUCAUACCUCACCUCCUGCUGACAUUUAUGUUCUUGGGUUUCAAGAAAUUGUUCCUUUAAAUGCUGGUAAUGUUUUGGGGACAGAAAAUAAUGGUCCGGCCAGAAAAUGGUUAGCUCUUAUCAGGAAGACACUUAAUAGUCUUCCUGGUACUAGUGGUGGUUGCCAUACCCCUUCACCCAUCCCUGAUCCAAUUGUGGAAUUAGAUGCAGACUUUGAAGGCUCAACAAGGCAGAAAGCCUCGUCUUUCUUCCAACGGCGAUCCUUUCAGUCCUUGAGCCGCAGCAUGAGAAUGGAUAAUGACAUGUCAAUGCCACAACCCCGACUUGACCGACGAUUCAGUGUCUGUGAUCGGGUUAUCUUCGGACACAGGCCUAGUGAUUAUGAUCCCAAUUUCAGAUGGGGUUCCUCUGAUGAUGAGAUUGGUCCUGGGGAUUCGCCACUCACCACACAGUACUCACCAAUAACUUACAGUGGAUCUCUUUCCAUGGAGGAUAGAGAUAGACCUACUGGCCAAUCAAGGUACUGUUUGGUUGCCAGUAAGCAAAUGGUUGGAAUAUUUCUUACAGUGUGGGUGAAGAGUGAUCUAAGAGACAAUGUCCACAACAUGAAAGUGUCAUGUGUAGGCAGAGGGUUGAUGGGUUAUCUUGGAAACAAGGGUUCAAUUUCAAUUAGCAUGUCAUUGCAUCAAACAAGCUUUUGCUUCGUCUGUAGUCAUUUAACCUCUGGGCAGAAGGAGGGAGAUGAAUUAAGAAGAAACUCUGAUGUUAUGGAGAUCCUUAAAAAGACAAGGUUUCCCAGGGUUCAUGGCAUAGGUGACGAGAACUCCCCUCAAACAAUUAUAGAGCAUGAUCAAAUUAUAUGGCUUGGGGAUUUGAAUUAUCGGAUUGCCCUUUCUUAUCGUUCUGCAAAGGCUCUCGUGGAGAUGCGCAACUGGAGAGCUUUGUUAGAGAAUGACCAGCUUAGAAUAGAACAAAGGCGGGGGCGUGUCUUCAAUGGAUGGAAUGAAGGAAAGAUUUAUUUCCCUCCAACAUACAAGUAUUCAAAUAAUUCAGAUAGAUAUGCUGGGGAUGAUAGGCACCCAAAGGAGAAACGAAGAACUCCUGCAUGGUGUGAUCGUAUAUUAUGGUACGGAAGAGGCCUCAAUCAAUUGUCUUAUGUUCGUGGGGAGUCAAGGUUCUCAGAUCACAGACCAGUUUAUAGUAUCUUCUCAGCAGAGGUCGAGUCUAUAAAUCGUAGCCGAAUCAAGAAAAGCAUGAGUUGUUCCAGUGCUAGAAUUGAAGUUGAAGAAUUGUUGCCGCACUCACAUGGAUAUACUGAUCUCAAUUUCUAUUGAGGGAUGAAUUUCCGAAUAAUCAAUGUUCUUUUGUAUCCUAUUGUGCUCGAGGCAACUCUGCGAAACUAAAUGCAUUUUCUCAGAAGGAUUUCGUUCUUAUCCAUACAAAACCAAAUGAAGAAAUGCAUUUUGUUGAAGAAUCUGAUGCUGAUGUCAUCUCAGCAAGUCAGUGCUCCAAAAGGAACUGUCUUGAUGGUGAUAGAGACAUUCAAUUGCCCACAAUCCAAAAAAAGUUACAGAUUGUGUGUUAUUUGCGUUAAAUGCUUACUCCAUUGUUUGCGGCACACGUUCUUUUUUCCACAAUUCCUAAUUGGCAAUUCAACACAGCAGGCUCGGAACAAGUGUUCAGAUCUUGGCAAUAAGGAAAUUCAACCAAGGACAGUCUCCUUUUUCAUUCUGU